AUGUUUGUCGGAACUGUGCUGAAUUUCGGGAAGACUGGUCAUCAACAUCAAAAGACGAAUGUUGGACAAGUUUACGGUUCCGCUGAUAUCUCCCGUGAGCUCUGUAUGACGGUUUAUCGUCACUGCAACACCCCUUCGGUGCCUAGCUGCCAUGCCACCAAAAGGAAGCACGAGGACUGGGAUAAUACCAGAUUGCCCAAACCUAAAGAAAGAAAGUCGAGAGGCGGAGGUCGGGUUCGAAUCACGGCCUUCCUGUCAGUAAAUUCGCGCUUCCCGCCCCAAAGUCGCAAUUGGUCUGACAUAAGACAACCAGCAGAGUGGGAAACUAAGGGAAAUGCAUGGUGUGCCCAAAAUCGACAAAUACGGCGAACAGCACCAUCGGGACGAGCUUGUAGGCACGGAUUUAUCCGAAAGUUCCUAACCAAGACGACCCUAGAAGAGUGCACGAUAUGUAAAAAGUUUGACGAGAAAACUCAUAAUUUCGUCGACCGAGAGCCUCUGAAGCAUUCGGGCCAACCAGUCCAGUCUCACCAUAGUAAUCUAGGACAUGUGGAAAAAAACACAAGUCAACGGCAAACGGUCCAGAUCCUAAGCAGUACUGCACAAAAGCUGUUUGACCAGGAUGGACUCCAUAAAUUUGGACAAAAUGGGGUGACUGGAACAAGGCAAGGAUCGCCAGGAAAGGAAGCCAUAGUUAAUAAAUAA